UGCCUAAUAUUUAAUGCGUUGAAUUUAGAAGUUUUGUGUAGACGUGUUUUGUUGGGUAGUGUUCCUGUUGUGCGCGUUUUUGCAGCCGAUCAAGUCACGCUGAUCGGCGUGCUAAACGCAGCCAUGGACCUGACCCGACUAACGCGGAAGCACGGCGUUAAGGUUCCGCCGGGCUUCCCCUGCUCGGUGGAGGACUGCAGCCUGGCCGUGGGAGAGAUGGUCGGUCACGGCAGCGUAAAGUCCGCCGCCCGCAUGAACAACGCGGUGGUGUUGUUUGUAGACAGUGUGGACAAAGCCAACAUGGUGGUGGAGAAGGGGAUCGUGGUGAAUCAGACGCGCGUGCCCGUUCUGCCUCUCGCCACACCAGCGACCCGAGUCACGGUCUCUAACGUCCCCCCGUUCAUCGGAGACGAGAUGCUGACCAGAGAGCUGUCAAGACACGGGAAGGUUGUGUCUGGCGUUAAAAAAGUGACAUCAGGCUGCAAAUCUCCUCUCCUCAGACACGUGGUGUCGCACAAGAGGACGCUGUACAUGCUCCUCAACCAAAAAGACGAGGAUCUCAACGUGGUGUUUAAAGUAAGGGUGGAUGGUUUUGAUUAUUUGGUGUUUGCCAACUCUGACAGUUCAAGGUGUUACCGGUGUGGGAGGGAGGGACAUCAAAGCAGAGCAUGUCCAGAGAGGAAAUCUACUAGUCACAACCAAGGGGGGCAUGAAAGACAAGAGGGGACAGUUGGGGUCCAGCAAGGAGGUGAAGAAGGGACAGAUCGAGUCCAGGAGAGUGUGGCGAGUGAGGGGGGUGAACGUGGAGUUCAGCUGGUGGAGAGAGGGACUGGUGGAGUGAAGGACCUGACGGGUGGGGCCCAGCAAGUGGGGAAGGCGAAUGACUGGGUGAAUGAAGGGAUGAGUGAGGCCCAGCAAGUGGGGCAGGCGAAUGACAGAGUGAAUGAAGGGAUGAGUGAGGCCCAGCAAGUGGGGCAGGCGAAUGACGGAGUGAAUGAAGGGACGAGUGAGGCCCAGCAAGUGGGGCAGGCGAAUGACGGAGUGAAUGAAGGGACGAGUGAGGCCCACGUGGGGAGAGUGAAACUCUUCCUGAAGACCACAAAGAACAUGAAGGGGAUACAGCUGGAGGACUACUUUCCUGAUAUGGAGAAAUUCAGGCGUACUGCUCGAGAGGGCGCAAGUAAACGAGGGAGUUCCCGCUACACCCAGCAGGAGGUCUUCCGGCUACGAAAGUUCGUCCAGAGGAUCAACGAGAGGGCUGCCGUGGAUUGA